GCAACAAGGUAUAAUGGGCCCGAAGGGAAACCAUGGUCCUCAGGGCAUUCAAGGACCUCCCGGACCUAUGGGCCCUCCUGGAGCUAGGGGCGAGCCUGGUAAAUCUAUCUCAGCUCCCUCUAUUGUGACAGCUCCCACGUCUAUAGUCGUGAAAGAAACUGGUACAGCCUCGUUUCAGUGCGAGGUUGAAGGGAAUCCGCAGCCAAAAGUCACUUGGCUAAGAGAUAACUCCAGUCUUCUCGCGGAUAAACGCAUUGUGUUAACUGAUGGAGGCCUGCUGAUCAAUGAUGUUGCGUAUAAAGAUGACGGAAACUACAUCUGUGUAGCAAGGAAUAUUCUUGGGGUUAUGACGUCAUUGGCUAGGUUGACUGUUCAAGUUGGUGCAUUAAUCAUCCAAAAACCCUCAUCUAUUAUUGCCGAAGAAGGACACAGAGUGAGUCUGGUCUGCCAAGCUACUGGAAAGCCGACACCAAAUAUCACGUGGCGAAAAGCAGUCGGUCACAUGUCAAAGGGAAGAUCAAGAGUUCAGAAUGGCAGGUUGGAAAUAACCAAUGUGACCAAAACAGACGGUGGAGACUAUAUAUGUUUGGCAAAGAACAUUAUUAAUGAGGACUCCGCCCAUACACUAGUCAUCGUGUUUGAACAACUCAAGUUUACAUUACUCCCUCCCCUUCAACGCUCAGCCAUCCUCUCAGAAAAUGUGUUACUGACUUGCGAAGCACAAGGAGCAAGAGAGAUUGUGUGGCAGCGGACAGGCCAAGGUUUACCUUCAGGUCACGUAGUUUAUUCAAAUGGCUCCCUUCUUCUUAAAAAUGUUUCCCCGACUGAUACUGGAUCCUACACUUGCAUUGCGAGAAGUUUUCAUCGCUCCAUAACUUCAAGCACUUUGCUUGCGCUUGAAGUUCGAAAAUCAACCUCCUGUAGUAAAAUAAGAGCAUACAAUAGAGGAUUAUCUUCAGGUACUUAUAUGAUUUACCCUGAGGGCAAAGGAGAUAUGACACCCUUCAGCGUGUACUGCGACAUGACUGACAAAGGUGGGGUUGGUGUGACAGUCAUCAGUCAUGAUAGUGAGAGCAGAACUCAUGUUGGGAACAUUCCUGGGUGCAACGUGGGAAACUUAGGAUGUUUCAGUAAAGAUGUGCAAUAUACUGGAAUCAACACUUCUCAGCUAGCAGCGCUCACUACAGUCUCCCAGAAUUGUGAACAGUUUAUCAAGUUUGAAUGUAACAAUGACAUAGCGUUCGUUGAGGAAGGAGACGCCUGGUGGGUGUCACGUAAUGGAACACAGAUGAACUACUGGGGAGGAGCUAAAGGGUCUUAUAAGAUGUGCGCAUGCGGAGUAACAAAUUCGUGUUCCAAUGGUAAGAAGUGUAACUGUCGUAACAGUGGCAGUGGCUGGAGAGAGGACAGCGGUUUGUUGACUGAUAAAUCUGCUCUGCCUGUGACACAAAUCAGACUCGGAGACUUGGAUGGCCCAAGCGAAGANUUUCAUCUCUUUUGCUAA